AUGGACAUGUUUUGCGAGGAAAAACUGAAGGUUCCAUUUGGAACGAAAUAUUUGGAGGCUGCGUUGUGUCGUCCUACCUCCUCAGAACAUCACAUUUACACAGCUGUCAUACUGACCCAUGGAGCUGGUGGAGACAUGAACUUCAAACAUCUUGUUUCUUUGGCACACGCUUUGGCCUCAAAGGGCUACUUGUGUCUCCGAUUCACAUGCAAAGGUUUAAAUCUGGCCUGUAGAGUCAAGGCUUACCAUGCAGUGUGGGACUACUUGAAAUCAAUGCCAAACUUGAUCAUUAAGCACAUAUUCCUUGGAGGCAGGUCAAUGGGUUGCCGUGCUGCCACCGCCCUGGCCAAACGGCUAUGCGACGAAUCAGAAGGUGCCGUGCAGGGUCUCGUCUGUUUGUCCUUCCCCCUGCACCCCCCAGGACAGACUCACGACCAUCAAAAGCGCAGUGAAGAUCUUCGGGGACUCUCUGAAAGCAUGGCAGUUCUCUUUGUUUCAGGCACAGAAGACAACAUGUGUGAUAGGGUUCUUCUUGAGGGAACAGUAAAAGAGAUGAAUGCCCAAGUGGAGGUUUUCUGGGUGAGUGGAGGAAGUCAUGGCUUGAAAGUGUCGGGUAGGUCAGAGGAGUCAAUAUUAGAGGAGUUGAACGCUCAUGUUAUAACCUGGCUCACAAAAUGGGAAACAGAGACAAAACAUUAG